UCCGGUCCAAUUAGAAAAUCACGUGCCCAGAAGGUCGGACGCUAUAUUGCUCUCCGUUUCCAGCUCCUCUUCCCCUUAGGUCGGACGCUGCCUACGCCGCGCCGUUCUUCUAAUAUCCCGACCGAGGAUAUUGAGAUGGAGAAUCCUGAAGAAGAGUCUGAAUAUGAAUCUGAUUCAGAAGAGGACGAAGAGCAAGUGGUGAAGUUGGAUGAACCUUCAAAGGAUGCCAUUUAUAACAAGAAUGGAUUACUAGACAAACUUGGAGACAUCAGCUGGCCUGAAAAAGCAGACUGGAUACACAGGCUCUCAUUUGACAUAGAUAGAGAGGGAGAAGAAGUGGAUGUGAAUGAUGACCUGGCACGAGAGCUCUCAUUCUACACACAGGCCUUGCAAGGAACACGGGAAGCCUAUCUCAAGUUUCAAUCUGCUGGGCUUCCGUUCUUGAGGCCCUCUGAUUACUAUGCUGAAAUGGUGAAGUCUGAUGUCCAUAUGGAGAAAGUCAAGGGCCGCCUAUUGGCAGAAAAGAAGAAUAUCGAGGAAGCCGAGGAAAGGAGGAAGGCUAGGGAAAAUAAGAAAAUAGCUAAAGAAAUGCAGGCUCAGAAACUGAAAGAAAGGGCUCAGCAGAAGAAACAUGAUAUUGAAUCUGUUAAGCAGUGGAGAAAGCAAAGGCAGCAGAGUGGGUUCGACAAAGAUGCGAAAGCUGAACUUGAUUUGGACUUUGAUGAUGGUAGUGGUAAGGUUUUCCAACGAUCGGGUAAAACGAGGCCAGGGGUAGCCCCUGGAGACCGUUCGGGUGGGAAGAGCAGAUUUGGUGGUGGGAUCAACAAAAAAGUGGGAUUUGAUAAAAAACCGAAGGGUAGGGAAUUUAAGAACUCCAAAUUUGGUUUUGGUGGGCAGAAAGGUAGGAAGAAGCAGAACACUGCUGACUCUACAAACGAUUUUCGAGCUUUCAACAAAAAUAGGGAUUCCUCUGCUGGUAAAAGGAGAAGGGUGAAGCCGUGAAGUGAUCAAUUUCAUUUUGUACCAUUUUUUUUAAGUUUGUGUUAGGAUUGUUGUCAUAUUUUGCAUCUGAGCCCCCCCCCCCCCCCCAUUUUGUACUCUUAUCUAUUUAAAUUUUGCUAUUGAUCUACUUUGUUCCUUUUGAAUCUUGAAUACUGUUUGUACACAAUUCUUUUUUGAGUUAUUAUUACAAGAGUACGGUUAGACUUGAAAUUGUCAAAUUUUC